UUGUCUCAAUCAAUCACUAUGUUUCCACUCAAUUUUCAUUACGAAGAUGUAUCACGUCAGGAUCCGUUGCUCAAACUGAAUCACGCCAACGUUAUGGAAGUUCCUGGAUCGUGUGAAAUAAGAUUAGUACCUAAGGCACCCUAUGAUUUAAUAAUAAUAAAUGGAAAAUUGGCUAUGGAGAUUCUGCGCGGUCAGAAAUUCAUACAAACACAAAGGGGUUCGACAGGAAAGUCGUUUCUAUCCAAUCCAUUCUUGGGGUCAAAAAAAGACAAAGGAUAUGUCAGUGACCUAGCACGACAAAGCACUCUCUGAGGGCAUGGAAUGUCUAAUUUUUCGGUCAGAAUAUCGACAGUAAUGUCUCUGUUAGAUUCUCCGGUCGAAAUAUGGGAAAACUCCAUUCAAUUCUCGAUGGAAACGGAGUUUUGCGAAUUCUCCCCGGAACUGGAAGAUCAUUUCGAGAUCUUCGAUCAUAUUCGAGGGUUCAAUGUUACUAUUGUAACUUCCGCCAACACACAAGAUGAGACUUUACCACCGUGGAGCGGCUUUUUGCAAAAAGAUGAGGGAGAAACUCAGUAA